AAGAACAGUAUGCAGGCAUAUAACAUGAGGACCAGAUGCUCAAGUUUAGCUUUUAUAUUCAACUUCCUUGCCGUCGUCCUGACCCGGAAUCAGGAGGAACAUCUUUUCAACGAUCUGAUGGUCGAUUAUGACCGGAAUUUUCGCCCAGCUUCAGACAAGGGGGACAUUGUAAAUGUUUCUCUCAAGGUUACCCUCACCAACUUGAUCUCCCUGAAUGAGAUCGACGAGGCUCUCACAACAAAUGUAUGGGUAGAGAUGAAAUGGAGAGAUUACCGUCUGCAGUGGGACCCAGAAGAGUAUGGCAACAUCAGCUGUUUACGGAUCCCUUCGACGUUGAUCUGGCUGCCAGAUAUAGUCCUGGAGAACAACAUCAACGGGGUCUUCGACGUCACCUUGUACACCAAUGCUUUGGUGUCUCCUGAUGGGAGCAUCACUUGGCUGCCCCCAGCUAUUUAUCGGAGCGUCUGCUCCGUUUUCGUCACCUACUUCCCCUUCGAUUGGCAAAAUUGCUCCAUGGUGUUCCAAUCUCAGACCUACAAUGCCCUUGAAAUCAACCUCUUGUUGACCACCGAAGACGGAAAAACCAUUGAAUGGAUUUAUAUCGAUACCAAAGCUUUCACAGAGAAUGGCGAGUGGGCGAUCAAACACCGGCCGGCAAGAAUUGUGAAUGCCGAACGCUCCACCCCGAGCGACAUUGGGUACCAGCAAAUUGUCUUCUUCUUGAUCAUCCAGAGGAAGCCUCUCUUCUACGUGGUCAACAUCAUCAUCCCCUGCGUGCUCAUUUCCUCCGUGGCCCUGCUGGUCUACUUCCUGCCUGCCAAAGCCGGUGGGCAGAAGUGCACGGUCUCCAUCAACGUCCUCUUAGCCCAGACCGUCUUCCUUUUCCUGAUUGCAAAAAAGGUGCCGGAAACGUCUCAGUCGGUGCCUCUCAUUGGAAAGUACUUAACCUUCCUUCUGGUGGUGACCAUUGCUAUCGUGGUGAACGCCGUGAUUGUCCUCAACGUUUCUCUGCGCACGCCCAACACCCAUUCGAUGUCCAAGCGAAUCCGACAGGUCUUCCUGCACCUGGUGCCCAAUUACCUGGGCAUGCACAUGAGACGCAUCUCGCUCCCCGCUGGGAAUCGGCUCACGCGGCGACGGAGCUCCCUGGGGCUGAUGGCCAAAGCCGAGGAAUACAUGCUGUGGAAAGCCCGAAGCGAACUCCUGUUUGAGAGGCAGAAGGAACGGGACGGGUUGAUGAAGAUCCUCCUGGCCAAGAUCGGAGAAGGCUUGGAGAAUGGAGGCCCCCAGGACUUCUGCAACAGCCUACGCCACGCCGCUCCGGAAAUCCAGUCCUGUGUGAAGGCCUGCAACCACAUCACCAAGACUUUGAGAGAGAAGAAUGAUUUUGAUAGCGAAAAUGAAGAAUGGAUCCUGGUGGGCAGAGUCAUUGACCGUGUCUGUUUCCUCAUCAUGGCCUCCGUUUUUAUCUUCGGCACCGUUGGCGUCUUCCUGAUGGCGCAAUUCAACCAACCUCCGGCAGCGCCUUUUGUGGGAGAUCCAAGGCUAUUCCUGCCCUAGGAGUGGGCCAGGAACUAGAUCCACAGAUCUCAAUUGGGUCCUCUCCUUGGAGGAAUUUCAUACAGAGAGCUAGGCUGCAAUGCAAGGCUUUUGGGGGAGGGGGAGUCUAACCUAGGAACUCUGGGCUUCCGCCAUCUUGCAGAAAUACAGGUAAUCCUUGACUUACAACAAUUCAUUUAGUCACCGUUCAAAAUUACAACGGCAGUGAAAAAAGCGACUUAUGACCAUUUUUCACACUUACAAACCAUUGCAGCAUUCCCGGGGUCGCGUGGUGAAAAUCCAAAUAUUUAUACUACCGGUUCGGUGGGCGUGGCUUGGUGGGCGUG